AUACAUUCAUUCGUUCCAUACGUUUUUGUUUUGUGCACACACACAUGCACACUUUGUGUCACGGUGCGCAAUCUAAACCAGUUUGACACAAAUGCUGUCGUUCAUUCCUUUUGUUUAUCAUUUUCAACGCAUACACAGACAUACACGACUAAGUAUAAUGAAACACAUGCGCAAGCAUAAAGAUGGCUGAAUAAAAGACGUACAAUAUAUAGGUGGCUUUAAGUUAAAAAAUAAAAAAACAAACGAAAUUUUUGUGCAAUUAAAUGAAAAACUAAUUAAAUGAUCAGAUAAAACGUUUUGAAACUUGUCGAUGAUUAUUCACUUUACCAUCAUUGGUGAAUUUGUAGCAUCAUUUAAAAAUAUCAAACGUAAAACAACGAAAGAAACGCAAAUUUAUUGAUAAAAUGACAGAAUCUAUGCGUGGAAGAGCGGAUGCCCAUUUAGAGGAUCAAAGCAAUGAAAUAAAUGAUAAAAAUACAGUUGAAAUGGAUGAUGGUGUUGAGAACUCGGAUUCAGAAGAUAUAUACCUGAAAAGUGACUCAUCUUCGUCUGGAUCUUGGUCCAUAGAUGAUAGCAUAGAAUUCUUACAACCUGCACAUAAACCACUGUUCGAUGAGUUGCCAACAUUUUCAAUCAGAUCUACAUCGCCGAGUGGACAUUUGACGUCCAUUGUCAAUGAGCCAAUAUCAUUAUUCAAUCUCAGCAUUUCACCGAUCUCAUCCAUGGAAGACUUAUCGCGUGUCAACGAUCAGAUUGAUGAUCGUACGACGAAUGAAAAGAAUACCAAAGAUUUAACACAAAAAAGUGAUUCGCUUGGCGUUGGUUAUGACGAUGAUGAUCGCAUUUCGCUAGAGGAUUUAACAGCUCAAAUAAAUACACCGCCAUCGAUGUUGUCGAGAUCAAAUAAAAGACUGAAUUUAGAGACGAUUUUCGAAGAUGUAUUCCUUGAAACGCCGAAAAAACGUAAAUUAAAAAAAUUCAAUUCCUGGCGAAUCGAAACAUUUCAAGAAAUCACCAACGAUGAACGCAUCAACUCAUAUGUAAUUGAGCAGCAGCAGCAAAAUCGACACGAACAAGAUAAUACAUGCAAUGAUACAUUUUGCAAUGCAUUCGACGAUAAAAUUAAGAUAAAUAACACAAUUUCGGAUGACUGAAAUGUUUAUAUUUUAUAGAUUCACAGAUCAAUAUUUGUAGAAAUUAGGUAAACAGUUUUGAAUGCAUUCCAUUCAUCGACAUCAUCAUCAUCAUCAUCAUAAAUAAUACUUGAAAUGUUUAAUAUACUAGAAAAUGUGCCGAAUACAUAAAAAUAUGAAUGUAA